CGCCCCCUCUGACUCGGCCCUCGCUGUGGACACGGUGGAUCUCUAGGCCCACUGGUGUUGGUUUCCGACUCGGACUGGGGGAGUCUACACAAAAAGUCUGACUUAACGACCGGGGACUACCAUCAUGACCUCGGGCGCGACGGACGACGCGACGAAUGGUCGCCACCACCUUCAUGCCAUUCAUGAACAUCAGAGGUUCGACUCGUACGCAUAUGCCGAGGAGCACGAAGAGGUGAACGUACCCGCUGCGAUGGGGUCUGGCCUACCUCCACCGGCGGAGCUCGCUCGGAUCGGUUCGCACCUGCCAGAAGAGCCCGCUUCGGUCGACGUUCAGGAUGAAAAGUCGGAGAACCACCUUGCAAAGACGAUCGACGUCUCCGACGCGGAAAAGGUCGACACCAAAGACAUCUACGACAAAUUCUCUCCGGCCAAGAAACGCUUGAUCGUCAUCGUCGUAUCCGUCUCGGCUCUGCUAGCUCCAUUCACGUCUUCGGCAUUCCUUCCCUCGAUACCGCAAAUUGCGAACGAUCUAAACGUUUCGCAGUCCGUCGUGAACUACACCGUCGCGAUUUUCCUUGUCAGCAUCGGCGUCGCCCCUCUGGUAUGGGCACCUUACGCGACGAUCUACGGGCGGCGUCCCAUAUAUCUUGUGUCACUACCCAUCUUCGUCGUCGCUUCUAUAGGCGUUGCACUGUCUCGUUCGUUAGUGGCGUUGAUCAUCACGAGGAUCAUACAGGGUGCUGGCUCUUCGUCGGUGCUCUCCGUCGGAGCCGGGACUAUCGGAGACAUCUAUCGACCGACGGAGCGUGGACGCGCCAUGGGUGUUUUUUACGCUGGCGUGCUCGUCGGACCAUCAUUGGCCCCGCUGAUCGCGGGGAUUAUGACCGAAUAUGUCCCGCCCGUCUAUCCCGGUGGAUCGUGGCGCGCCAUGCAAUGGCUGUUGGCUGGAGCGGGCCUCAUAGCCUUGGGGCUUUCGUUUCUAUUGCCGGAGACGAUACAUUCUCGGGGGAUUGACAAGAUCAUCGAAGAGCGCGAAGUUUUGCGACGGACCGCCUCACGGGCCUCUGAAAAGCGGGCAUGCGCAGACAAGAGCGGUAAUGGAUUUGCCCGAUUUUUGCGGUGGAGACGCCGCGUUGCUUGGGUAUGGGUCGAUCCUCUGCGACCCGUGCGUUUGCUAAGAUAUCCAAACGUUCUCGCCAUAAGUUUAAACUCGUCUUUUGUUCUUUUGACAACGUACUGCGUCGUCGUUCCUUUGACGUACACAUUGGGACCACGGUAUGGGAUUACAAAUGACGCUAUCCUUGGUACUCUCUUCCUCGCCCAAGGCGGUGGCAACAUGAUCGGGUCACGUAUCGCAGGGCACAUUUCCGACCGUACUGUUCGCCUAUGGACGGAUAAACGAGGAAAGCGCAUACCGGAAGAUCGGCUGCGCGCCUCGCUGCUUUCGGGGGCCAUCAUCGUGCCCGGAAGUGUCCUUGGAGCCGGUCUGACGAUGCAAUUUUGGACAAGCGCCGGCGGCCUCGCCGUCUCGCUCAUAUUCCUUUUCAUAUCCGGUGUCGGGCUUAUGGGCGUUCUAUCCGUUAGCAACACAUACCUGGUAGAUGUCAUGCAAAAGCGGAGCGCGGAGACCAUAGCGAUUAACAAUUGUAUUCGCUAUAUAUUUGCCGCGGCUGCCUCUGCGGCCGUACUGCCUCUCAUCAAAGCCAUUGGCGUCGCUGCAGCCAACGGCAUCGCAGCUGCCAUUUCACUCAUUGGAUUUGCGUUGACGUUAGCAACCAUCCGAUGGGGAGAAGAGCGGAGAACGCGGGUAGAUGAAGGGGAAGCCGCAGAGCAGCUGUCGGCUGCAGUGGAAAAGGGGGAUGCGCAUGGCGACCAGGGCAUACAACCCAGUCGAAGAACAUCCAUCACGUUGAGGGGAAGCUAAGUCGUGCUGGUCAUAGUAUGCUGUAUGCUGUCUCCGCGUUGUGCCUGUAAGGACUGCCCGAAACCACAGAUCGACAGAUAGAUGAGAAUUCCAUAGCGCAGGUCUGCGCGCCGAUCAAUGAUACAUACUUUUAGCGAC